GAAAAUAUUACCUGUUCAAAUUUAUGAUAGACACACUAUAACACAUGCAGUAUCUCAACCUGUCUGCUCACCACAAAAUUUGGUAUCAUUUUUUUUGUAAUGGAGUCCCUAACUAUUAGAAAAAAUCUGCUAGCAUCUGUUGUUGUUGGAAUUCUAGCUGCUGCUGCCUUGCCCCAAAAUCCGUUGGCUCAAAACUGUGGUUGUGCACCAAACUUGUGCUGCAGCCAAUAUGGCUAUUGCGGUCUUGGCAACGACUAUUGUGGCACAGGAUGCAAAGAGGGCCCUUGUUUCUCUAAUUCUCCUAGCGGUGUUCCAGUUGCCACUAUCGUCUCACCUGAAUUCUUUGGUGGGAUAAUCAAUCAAGCUAGUGCAGAUUGUGUUGGGAAGAGAUUUUAUUCACGGCAGGCGUUUCUGAAUGCACUUGAUUCGUUUCCUGAUUUUGGAAAAUUAGGUUCUGAUGUUGAUUCCAAGCGCGAGAUUGCUGCUUUUUUUGCCCAUGCCACCCAUGAGACUGAGCACUUCUGCUUUACUGAAGAGAAUGACAAGAGUAACAGCUACUGUGAAAGCAGUUCAGAGUACCCAUGCGCCCCAGGGAAGUCCUACUACGGUCGUGGACCUAUUCAGCUUACAGGGAACAUUAAUUAUGGAAAAGCAAGAAAUGCCCUGGGGCUGGAUUUAUUGAACAAUCCUGAAAUGGUGGCCACUGAUCCUGUUGUCUCAUUUAAAACUGCAUUGUGGUACUGGAUGAAUGCUGUCCACUCUGUCGUCAGCCAAGGGUUCGGAGAAACGAUCAAAGCCAUCAAUGGCCCAGGUGAAUGUGGCGGUCAAGAACCAGAAAAGGUUCAGCGUCGAAUUGGGUUUUACACAGAUUAUUGCAGGCAAUUUGGCGUUGAUCCUGGAUCCAAUCUUUCUUGUUAGAGUUCCCUAGAGUUUGAGUUCAUUUCAGCUGUUUUUCUAGCAGUACAACUAGAAGGCUACAGAUCCUAUCGUGUAGCUUCUAAUUUUCCCAGAAUAAAUUUUCUAAGGUUUCUAGUAAGAGACUGCAAUAGAAUAAAGGGAAAUUUAUAUAACCCAUACUAGACGAGUAUCUGUCCCUUCUUUGAUUAUAUUAAUAAUAGUUUGAUACCCACGUUUCUCUGCGGGUUCAUAAUUAUUAAGAGUAUCCAGAUGAAUAGAACAGAUGCAUAUAUGGGAAACCUAAAUUUAAAAACUCUAAAUAAAAGAUACUAUGCAUGGGAACUUUGGUAAUGUCUUACCCUCAAAAUCAAAAUUUAUCGUAACUAACGCAAUAAAAGAAAUCAAGCAUUAUAACAAAAAAUACAAAAUAAAAUUUAACAAAAUCAAGCAUUUACAAUUAUUAAUAUGAAGAGAAACAGGUGGGAUCAGAAGAGUGCUAGAUCUACAAUAAUAUAAAAGUAGCAAUAUU